AUGAGGGUCAACUUCUCCACGGUAGUUGCACUUCUCACGAGCGCUGCGCCGGCCGUUCAUGCUCACUACUUCUUCGACGUCCUCGUCAUCGACGGUGUUGAGAGCAAGCAUAUCGAGUAUGUUCGCGAGAACACCAGGGAGAUCAAGUACAUGCCCACAAAGUUCAAAAACACCUUUGACAACUUGACUCCUCUGUCGACCGAUUUUCGAUGCAACCUUGGCGCUACGUCGGGCAGUGCCACUGAUGUGGCCCAAGUUGCACCCGGUACACAGCUUGCUUUGAAGCUCGCCGUCGGUGCAACCAUGCAGCACCCAGGACCGGCAUUUGUCUACAUGUCCAAGGCCCCAGGUGAUGUCAAGGAAUAUGCCGGCGACGGGGAUUGGUUCAAGAUCCAUCAAGAGGGUCUAUGCAGUGACGGAGAACUUACAAGCACUGCGUGGUGCACAUGGGACAAGGACCGUAUCAGCUUUCAAAUUCCCACGGACACACCGGCGGGUCAAUACCUGGUGCGAGCUGAACAUGUUGGUCUCCACGGUGCCCAUGCCGGCGAGGCGGAAUUCUUCUAUGCUUGCGGCCAGAUUGAGGUUACUGGAAAUGGCGCUGGAGUGCCGGGUCCGUUGGUACAGUUCCCUGGAGCGUACCAGCCUGAAGAUGCCUCUUGGAACUUUGGGGUAUAUGGCACUGACAGGGACUUCCCCAUGCCUGAGCCUGCUGUCUGGACUGGUGGUGGUUCCAGCGCUGGAAGCAGUACUACACAACCAACACCUGCGACCACAGCUCCGGUUUCUAGCGAGACUCCCGUCGCUAGUGGGACGUCGGUCACUGAGACUCCGGUUUCUAGCCAGACUCCCAUCGCUGGGGGGAACGAUACUGGAAAGCCGUCAAAAUGCAGUGCUAAAAAACAUCGUAGGAGAGCACAUGUUCACUAA